AAGCAAGCAACUACCUUUCCUUCCUCUUCUUCUCCAAAAGUCUUUUCUUUUGAUUCAGUCUCCGCGAAAGCUCUGCAGAUCAACAAACCCAUCUUCGGACACUGAAAACCAUAACCCACCCGGAUCCGAAUCUGAGAAACGGGGUUGGGGCCCGAUUUGAUCUCUCUAUUUCAUCUUCUUCUUCUUCUUUUUUCAAAUGAGAAGUUUGAGAAAUCUAGAAUUUUAGGUUGUUUCAGUCUUACUUUAUGCGAAAUGUCGCGUUUUCCGCGUGGAUUCAUGGAGAAUUCAUCAAUAGAGGAACCCAAAAUCCCUCAUCGUCCAUCUAUUUGUUUCAGACCAAUAAACCCUUGUGAUCUAGAACGUUUGGAGCAAAUCCAUCGCGACAUAUUCCCGAUCAGGUAUGAGUCUGAGUUUUUUCAGAAUGUUGUCAACGGAGGUGAUAUCGUCUCUUGGGCUGCUGUUGAUCGGAGCCGGCCCGAUGGUCAUUCUGAGGAACUUAUUGGAUUUGUUACCGCCAAAAUCGUGCCUGCCAAAGAAAGCGAAAUAUCAGAUCUUAUAAAAUAUGACUCGUCAAAGGGAGAGGAGACAUUGGUGUACAUUUUAACACUUGGAGUAGUAGAAACCUACAGAACACGCGGAAUAGCUAAGUCGCUUAUUAACGAGGUCAUCAAAUACGCAUCUAGUAUCACUGUGUGCCGUGGUGUUUACCUUCACGUGAUUGCACACAACAAUCCCGCAAUCCGAUUGUACAAAAGAAUGUCUUUCAGAUGUGUGAGGAGGUUACACGGAUUCUACUUAAUCAACGGCCAGCAUUUCGAUUCUUACUUGUUCGUCUACUUCAUCAACGGUUGUCGCUCUCCUUGCUCACCCUUAGAUCUUGCGGUGUUGGCUCUGAAUUAUUUGAGGAGCGGAAUCAAAUCAGUCACUUCAAAGCUGACUACGAAGCACGAAGAGAAAGGCUUGAAAUGGCUUACAUUUAAAGACAACUCUCGGUGUCUCUUGCCUACUCAGACCAAACGAAACCUUGCAUCCGAAAGAUUAUCAUCCGGGUAUGAUUACGUUUAGUGGUUGCAUCAGAUUCAUGGACUUUUGUAAAAUCAUUCAUUUCCAUAUCUUUCAUUAAGCUCUGGUUAUGAUCUUGUAGUGUGUUUUGGUGUAGUGAUAAACGUAAUGAAAAAAUGUAAAUAUUGUG